AUGCCGCCCAAACCAGGCAGACCGUCCCCAACACAUUUCGUGUGUAUUUCCUUGACCGGACCGCAGCUUGUCAGAAGCAUUGCUGCUUUCCGCACAGAGGUUACCAAUCCUGCCAGCUUUGGGAUUCCACCAACAGCAGUGCGACCAGCCGGCACGCUACAUCUGACGCUUGGUGUUAUGAGUCUUAAGGACGAAGGUGUCCAGCAGGCAACCGAGGUACUGAAAAGCUUGAGACUAAGCGAGUUCCUUGCAGAUGCUAAAGCUGGGACAUCCUCAACUGCAGAGCGGCUUUCGAUUACGCUGAAAGGGUUACAUGCUAUGCAGUCGCCUGCGAAGACUUCGGUGUUGUAUGCUGCUCCUGUAGAUACAGAAGGGAUUCUGUACAAGUUCUGCGAGCAAAUCAAAGCCACAUUCCAAGAGGCAGGACUGAUGGCUAAGGAAGAUAGACCAUUGUUGCUCCAUGCAACCGUAGUCAACACGAUUUACGUCAAGGAUGAUCGAGGAAGAAGAAUCCGAGAAAGAAUGACCAUUGAUGCACGGGACAUGGUCAAUCUAUAUGAUGACUAUGUUUGGCUGGAAGAUAUGCCUGUGGACAGAGUUGCGCUAUGUCGAAUGGGUGCAAAGAAGAUUGAGGGAACGGAUGACGAAGCAUAUGAAGUCGAAGCUGAGGUCGAGUUCUAA